GGUGAGAGGCCCUCAAUGACACUGUGUGGAGAUCUGAGCAGCGGCGGCCAACAACAACAACAACAGCAGAUGGGGGCUCCCGAGGAAGCGCUGAUCGACAUUCUUGGGCAUGAGGACGGGGAGCGGGAGGAAGAGGAGGGGAGGGAGUGGCAGCAGAGGCGGGGGCUGUGUUUGGUGAGCGCCAGAGGGGAGCGGGGGGUCCCGGAGCCCGAGUCUGAGAGCGACCAGAAGAAGCCCCACGCGAACCUGGUGAAGCCGCCUUACUCCUACAUCGCCCUGAUCACCAUGGCCAUCCUGCAGAGUCCGCACAAGAAGCUGACCCUCAGCGGCAUCUGCGAGUUCAUCAGCGGCCGCUUCCCCUACUACCGGGAGAAGUUCCCCGCCUGGCAGAACUCCAUCAGGCACAACCUGUCCCUCAACGACUGCUUCAUCAAGAUCCCCCGGGAGCCGGGCAACCCCGGCAAGGGCAACUACUGGAGCCUGGACCCCGCCUCGGAGGACAUGUUCGACAACGGCAGCUUUCUGCGUAGGAGGAAGAGGUUCAAGAGACACCAUCACCAUCACCACGAAGCAGAGUUUGUGAAGGAUCGGGGAGGGUUGAUGUUCUACCAUAACCUCACUUGCACUUACAGACCUUACGGUCGCCCUUACCUCCUGCACCCGCAAGCGCUGGUGCAGCCCCCGCCUCAUUUCAGCUACCUGGCCGCCCCCGAGGUCGCUGGCAGCAUCUCCCCCCUGCCCCAGGCUCGCCCCCAGCCCAGGAAGAUCCCCCUCCCGCAGCCCCGAGGCGCCUCUCUGCAGAUCCAGCUCCACACCCUCAGCUCCAAGAGUGCCUCCAGCACCGCCACCGCCAACACCACCACCACCAACAACAACAACAUCAACAACCGAUCCUCAUUCAGCAUCGAAAACCUCAUCGGCAGCUCCCAGGCCACGCCGGGGUCACCUCUGCCCUGCUCCAACUCCCAGAUCCAGGCCACUUACUGCAACCUGCUCCAGCGGUCAGCCCCCUGCUUGCUCUCCACCGUGUUGAACAUGUCCACGAGAACUGUGUACAGCCCGGGCAGCGCUCCUCUGAUCGGGACCUUUUCAAGCAGGCAACAGCUUCCUCUGUGCUACCCACCGUGA